AUGGUUUCAGGGCAUCUGGGAAUCAUAGAAUUGCCACACACUUUCACCAUUAUAGAGACCAGGGUUCACUCCCCUGCAGCCAUGCCUCCAGCUCGCUGCUGUAAUGAACCCAUUUGGCAGCGCAGGCGGAAACUGGCAAAGGACCAUGUUCUGUCUCGGGAGCCUCUGGCGCUGUGUGACCUGAAAGCAGAAGUAUCCCCUAGGAUCUCAGCCGAGGACUUAAUCGACCUUUGUGAGCUGUCAUUGGCCGGGCCCACCAAAAGAACCAAAGCUGGCAAGCCCAAAAUCAUCGCUGUUGACAUCCGCACCGUAGAGGACUUCAGCAGAGGCCAUAUAUCUGGCAGCAUCAACAUUCCCUUCAGCACAGCAUUCAGCCCUGACGGUGAGCUGGUGCAGUGUCCUGCAACAGGAGUCCUACAGAACUACAGAGGACGUGUGAUUGUGAUCAUUAGCCACGCCAUGAAGAGUGCUGCUAUAUUUGCAGCACAUCUGGUCAAGGUAAAUUUCCCACGAGUUUGUAUCCUGGAUGGAGGGAUCAACAAGCUGAAGCCCACUGGACUCCUGACUGUCCCCUCCCCUCAAAUCUGACAACAUACCUCAGCUUUGCUUUAAAAAAGGGAUGAGAGGAAAGACUGUAUAUUGGAAAAAAACAAUGUCAUUAUUGUAUUUAGACUUUUUAAACAUAAAAUAAUAAAACUGUGGUGCAAAAUGAAAACUGCAAAGAAAUAAUCUCCUUAUUAACCCAGUUUGAUUUCAUAAUAAUAAUAAUUCUAAAUAUACUUACAGGGAAAAAUUUUUAUUUUCAGUCUCAAAAAAAAGAAUGAUUGAAUAAAUAAUUUUGGGGGGCAGGGGGGCAAACUGCUAUGUGUUGUAGUAGCUUUGCACUGAUACAUUGAGCUGUCUGUGACCAACAUAAAUAUCUUGAUGUAUGUCAGCCUGACUGUUCGGAGCCAGUUGAUCCAGGGAACUCAUUGGCUUUGCAAAGAUAGAAUUUAUGUCAGAGCUGUUGUAAUUGCGGUAGAUUGUACAGGUGCAUCUAAUAAGGUGGCUACUGAGUUUAUGAUUGUGUAUGAAACAAUAAAAAACAAAACUAGUAUUUGCAUUUA